GGAAGAUCAUGCUCAGUGCGAUCGUAUCAAAUGUAAAAGUGUCUGGGUCUGGAAGAAUGCAUAUUUGUCAUGCUUGUCUGGCAUGACUCUUAGACCUGUCAUGCACGUUACCCAAGAGCUCCAUCUUUCUGUGAUGCUGGAACGCAGUUUGUCAUGCAGAAUAGGCAACACCUAGAAGCUCAGAAACUUGCCAUGCUGAGCCAGCAUUUGUGGCCUCAUCAUGAGACGCCGCCCAGCAUCACAAGUUUCCAGACCCAGACACUUUUGCAUUUGAUAGGUCGUGGCGGGAAUGGGCAUGAAUUGCGCUGUAUCCCAGGUGAAAAAAUCUUCUUGCUCGCGAUCGUCACUUUUCAUCUUUCGACCAGCUGCUUUUGCAGUAGAGAAAGAAAUCAUCUCCAAUUCCAUGAAGGCUGCGCUGCGUGGGGUUUGAUGUAUAGCGCAUUAUGCAUGGAAUGGCUGGAAGUGGAAACAAGGGGAUUUCAGUUUUGAGGUCGUGGGAAGGACAAGAUUUUUUUCAUUCGGAUAGACUUUGUUUGCUCAUGCCGUGAGGGUGAGCAUGGAUCUCGUCACUCAGGUA